UGAGGGGGGUGCGGAUUUGUCUGGCAGUAAAAUGUGGACUCGCACAUGGCUGAACAGCCUGGAUCCGACAGGAUUCGGCGGUAGGGAAGGGCUGAUCCUCUUGGAGAACCCGCCCCGCUUUCGCUGGUGAGAGAGGGCAACCCUCCUGUCUUCUGUAACCUCGGCUCAACCCUCAGCCUACCUGAACUCCCGGCUUGGUGAUGUGGGACCGUCUGCACGAUAGUGAUCUCUGACUGCCUGUACUUACCUCCCAGAAAGCCGACUCUUUCAGACACAUUCGGGUCGCUAUGGAUGAAGCAGACUUGCUGAGAGAGCGGCUUCAAGCUAUAACGGAUAAGAGAAAACUCCAAGAAGACAUUGUCAAGAAGAAGUUAGAAAUUGAAGAGGAGAAGCUGAAACUACAGUAUUUGAAGAAAAAAUCCUUGCGGGAGCAAUGGCUGAUGGAUGGACUGAGUCCACAAAGCGAGCAGGAACAAGAGGCCAUGAAAUUACAGGUCCUGAACGAACAGAAACAAGCAGGAGUGCUGCAAAGAAACAUCCACAGGAUAGAGAAGGAAAUAGAGGCUCUGGAGAGUCGGGAAUUGACAAUAUCAGAGAACGAGAUGCUCGUUCUGCAACGGCUGAAAGAAGUGGAGAAGACAGCUGCGGACAUCAUAAAGGAAGUAAAUGCUGAUAUCCAGCCAGAUCCAAUACAAUAUGUUUAUUCAGCAAUUCCAGAUAUUCCAAAGUCCUUCAAACCUUCCAAACAGCUCAAGAAGAUGUCAAGCCCAAAGUUGGACCCUGACCCUGAAGAAUCUAAACAAGCUUUAUUUGUAAUGGAAAUAAACGUGCAGAAGGACAUGAGAACUGGAAAGAGCCAAGUUCUAUCAACAGCAACUGUCACAACAGAAGAUCUACCAAAGAAAGGCAUCAAGGUAUACGAUGAUGGGAGAAAGUCAGUGUAUGCCCUGCCCUCUGAUGCCCAAAGAGUCCAAAAUGGGGUGGGAGAACUUACCCCUCAAGAGGUGGAAGAGCUUCUUAGGAAGGCCACGGAGAAAAGUCUCGAGGCUGACGUGGAGUAUCAUGACCCUGUGUUCUCAAGUCCCUACAGCAGACCAUCCACUCCCAAGAGACAGAACCUGGACCAACUCAGCCCCAGGCCUGCUCCUCGUCGAGAAUCCUUCAAGAACGUAACUUCAUCUCAGAACAUCCAGAACAGUGAGGUGACUCUUCUUCAGGGGCAAAAGAUACAAGAAUUGUCUCACAUUCCACUUCAUUGGUCCACAAGGAAGGUCCAGCAGCCUCCUGAACACUCCAAGGGCAACCAAAAUAAUAUUCCCAUCAGUGGCCAAACACCCUUAGAUUUCGAAAUGUACUUUGAUGGAAACAGGUGCAGUCCAGCACUGUCCAUUGAGGGUGAUAGAGCAGCCCUACCCUUGGAUUCCAGUCUGAGUCACCAGGACCCCUUUCCUGAGAUUUCCAAACUCAAUAUUCUGAACACUAUGCCAGAAAACAUAGACUCCUCCAAGCCAGUUAGCAUGAUCUUCAUGGGUUAUCAAAACGCAGAUAAUGAUGAGGAGGGGGAAGUCAUCCAGGCAGAGCUGGUGGUCAUCAACGACGACGACAACAGUCCUGACAUGCAGCUAUCCUACCACCCCGACGGCUGCUGCAGCAAAGUCUUCCAGCCAAAGAUGAACAGGAGCUCCAAAGCAAAGCAGUACCUCGCCGACACCAGAUCCACCCUGAACCAAAAUUACACACUGCCUGAUGCAACAGUUCAGGUUCAAGGGCAGCAAUCUGGGCUGAGUCAGGCUCAGCAGAGUUUUGAGCAGAUGGUUGAUGAUGGCACCAAAGACCCUUCCACUACAGGUAGUAAAAGGAAGGAAAAGCACGGCCACUUGUUAACCCAAAAGACCUCAUUAAACACUAACCUCCUUCCCUCUUCUGAAAACACUUUCAAGAAUGCACUAACAAGCCUGCUAUUCUCUUGAAACACAACACAUGCUGGACAUAGUCACCUAGUAGUACUACUUUUGUAUAAAUAUAUCAGUAAGUUUGCUGAUUGUCAUGCAAUUUCAAGCUGUCCUUUGCACACUAACUGUCUUGAAUAAACUUUUGUAUGGUUUCAACAAGAAGUACAUACUCUAACGGCGUCGACUGUUUGUUCAGAAAUCUGCCGUGUCGAACUCCUGUCUCCACCCAGUGGCCGAGGCUGAUGCGCUUGUGAUUUGUCACUAACAUGCUUGUUUCAGCUGUGCUUUGCUCAUUUAGCUACCAGUCCAUUUCUGAGUCAUUGGUUUCACACAUCAUCAUGUGCUGUACUUUUUCUAUUUACCAAACGUCGUGCUUUUGCCUGCUCAUAAAAAAAUUUGCAUUAGCACCUGCCAAAUGUAAUAUUCGAUGACUAUAAUGAUUGUUCAUCCCUUUCCCCUUUCUGUAACUCCUGUUUUGGUUUGAAACCUGCUGUGCACAUUUUUAAAUUUGUUUUUCAGCAAUAUUAACCAAACAUUUGGAGAAAUAUAAACUUUUUUUAUGAUGGUCUUUUAUGAUCCUCAAGAUGUUACACAUACCACAAAUCAGUUCUAGAUGUUUAUCAUAAUAAGGAAACUGAAAAUGCUACCGUUUUUGAUUGAGGCUGAAUUAGAUUAUUUAUUUCGCAGGGUGGGCAAAUUAUUUAAUUAAAGACUGAGAAAACAUUGUACAACUGGAUAGGCAAAACAGGAAAGAAACCUAAUUAUUUAUGCAUAGGCUGCAUUUAAACAGACACUCUAUCGAAAAAUGACAGCCAACCGCUGUAACAUAAAGUGCAAAUUGCAUUAAAAAAUGCUAAUAAUGUGUUAAUAUUAAUCUUUGAUUUUCUAUGCAAUAUAUAUCUGCUAAUAUCUUAUCACUUUCAGUAAUUUCUCAACUACUCUUUUGACAUUAGUAUAUUUACCAGUGUGUAUGCCUGUGUAUGGUAUUCCGAAUCAAAUUUCAAAAUAGAUCCUUAUUAUGCUUCAUGACAACCCACAGCAAGGAAUACAUCAUUGCAUUAUAUCAGUCACAGAACCUGCCUCCCAACUACUUAGCCCAGUUCAAUAGUUGAAAAUGCAAGGGACUGAAACUAAAGUGACAGCUUAUAAUAUAUGCUUGAGUGGUACUUAUAUAACAUUUCUCAAGUGUUGCAUAAGAAAAUAGAUUCCAGAGGCUGAAUUACACCUGCCUUUUCAAAUGCAUCGCUUUCAUAGUACCCAAUUUCUCUUCAAAUGAAUCUUAAAAGCAAAAUCUGUUAUGUAAGCAGGCUUCACACAACACUGGCAGCACUCAUAAAUCUGCUGUAUUUUAAUGAAUAUAUGCACAGUCUCCUGUUUUACCCCCAGAUUAUUACUUAGUACCAGGAAUCAUAUAUUAAAAUAUUUAGCACAUUCAAGGACAGUAAAAUACUAUGUAAUAAAAAUAUAACUGGGCAGAUAUUUUGAUAGAAUAAACGUAAAAUAUUUUUAAUCAUCAGGUAUUGUAACUAAAAGUACAAUAAUACAUUUUCCCUUGGUACAAUUCUAUAACAUGCAGGGCAUGUAACAUACAUGUUAUUAACGUUAUUAUGUUUAUUUUCAGAGAACUGGGGAAUUCCCUGAAAUUUCUGAUAUUUGGAAAUAGAUUGUAGUCAUUCACUUUUAGAUUUUAAAUAAGUUUAAACAAAUAACACAGGGUCAACAAUGUUUUCCAAUAAGAAUUUCUUAAAUAGGCUAUAUAUUGACACUAAUAAUAAUAAUAAUAAUAAUAAUAACAAUGAUUUUGAGGAUGAUGAUCAUGGAUAGUGCUUUUUAAGGACCAAAAUAUGCAUACAUUACUGUAGAUGAGAAUGGGGUAAACAAAGAACCACAGCACAUCUAGAGAAUUAUAUACAACACAAGAAUAAUAUAUAGAGACCAUUAUAUAAAACAUAGUAUACUGUGUAACAACAGGGGGAAAUGUAGUACAGGAUUGAAAUGCAUUUAUAUAUAUGUGUGUGUGUAUGUGCAUUGUUAAUAACAGUAUAGUAAUGCAGUGGUACAUAGUAUUUAAGAGGUUAUACAACACAAACAGAUAUUAUGGGUGAUGUAUGAGGUGUACUGAAAUUUUCUCUGUACUCUUCCCCACAGCAUUAAGAAUGAGAAUGGCCAGGCUAGGGAAAAGGGUAUAAUCUCCAAAGAAUACGAUUCUGGUAGCUGCCUUAAGUAUGUCCUGAAGAGCAGCACACCAAAGUGCAUAUUCAUCUCUGCACAAUGCAAGACAGAGUGGAUGAGACUAUAGCGGCUGCAGCAAGGCUGCGGAGUCUGAGCACUUUCACAAAUCAUUUCAGUCGGUUUGUCCGCAAUAGUUUCCUUCGCCGAAUGUUCAAAUUGUUUGCAUAGUUGUUUGUGUUUUACGUUCCAUAUCUCACUAUAUGUAAUCUCUCUGCUGGCACUGUUUAUUAGACUGAUUACUGGACUUAAUAAAAUCGUAUUUAGACAAUUAUGAACCAUUAAAUAGUAUUUGCCCAUUAAAUAGGAGUGAAAACAAACACAGAGAUCUGUCCCAAAGGCAUUCAGUAUAGCUACUAUUCCCCGGUAAAGAAAGUAACAUAUCAACAAAAAAAGUGUCACUAAAAACAUAAAUAAAAAAAUAUUUUGCUCACAUGUGUACUAAUUCAUAUGAUCAUCACAGUGCAGGAAUCAUUACAUCAAAAAUUUCUUUUCACUGAUUGCCACAAUUUGUAUUCAAGAAUCUUUAUUAUUAAAAAUCUUUAAUGACAAAG